AGAUCCACGCGGCCAAUCAAGGGUUCGGGAGCAGGUCGUAUCACAUGACAACACCCCGUUGUUACACGCCCAGUCGGUGCUGGAACGACUCACUGAAACGGUGUCAGGAGAAGUCGGUCUUUGCUUUGACUGACGGUAACCCCGGUUUUUAGACAUUUAAUCUCCCGUUUGUGCGUCAACUUUGGACACCGCGCGUGUUUGGAUCGUUGUCACGAUGGGAGGACGCAGAGGCGCACCUGGAUCCGGCGACGACUACUCCGUCGUCAGCCCAGUUGUCAAGUACCUGGUGUUUUUGUUUAAUUUCAUAUUUUGGAUAAUCUCCCUGGUGAUGGUGGCCAUCGGCGUGUACGCCCGCAUGAUGAAACAUGCAGAGGCCGCUCUGGCCUGUCUGGCAGUGGACCCCGCUGUAAUGCUGAUGAUCGUGGGCUUCCUCAUGUUCAUCAUCACCUUCUGUGGCUGCGUGGGCUCCCUGCGAGAAAACAUCUGCCUUCUGCAGACAUUCUGUAUCUGUCUGACGGUGAUCUUCUUGCUCCAGCUGACUGCUGGGAUUCUGGCCUUCGUCUUCUCUGAUAAGGCUCUGCAUAGAGUGACGAAGAUGAUCAAUAACUCCAUUGUCCACUACAGAGAGGACAUUGAUCUGCAAAACCUCAUUGACUUUGGUCAGAAAGAGUUUGGCUGCUGUGGUGGUGUGACGUACACCGACUGGUCCCAGAACAUGUACUUCAACUGCAAGCAGGACAACCCCAGCAGAGAGCGCUGUUCGGUCCCCUACUCCUGUUGCAUCCAACCCAAAGACGAGCAGGUUAUCAACACCAUGUGUGGCCAGGGCAUGCAGCUUUUACAAUACGCUGAAGCUGGAGACUACAUCCACACCAAUGGCUGCAUAGACACACUAGUGAACUGGAUCCACAGUAACAUGUUCCUUCUGGGAGGCAUCGCCCUGGGACUGGCCAUACCACAGCUGGUUGGCAUCCUCUUGUCUCAGAUUUUGAUCAACCAGAUCAAAGACCAGAUUGAGCUCCAGAACUACAACCUCAGGCACCGCUCUGAUCCGUGGAGCUGACCCGGACCGGAUUAGACCAGAUUGUGAUGAGCAGCAUUCAUAUCAUUGCUCCUGGACCUAAAACAACAAGACUAUCGUGUGGAUUGAUACUUGGAUCUAUGGAAGUGGAGGUCAAAACUCGUGAAGAAACGGCACUCUGUUGCCACCUACUGGACGUGGACCAUGCUUGACUUUACCUAACUUCAGACAGUACUUGAGGAGGGUAUUUGGGGGUCAAGGUCAUAUUGACCUUUACUUAAAAACUGCAAUCAGUAUACUCUAUUACAAGUCAAAGACAUCAACCAGGAGUGGUAGUUAAUGCAUAUGUAUUUGUAUUGUUUCAACUGAAUCCAUGAUGCGUCAAAUAUUAACUACCUACUAACUAAAAGGGAAAUACUUUUUCUAACUUAAAUUUAUUUUGUAGAUUUUUUAUUUGUAUGUAAUAAAGGCAUCUCAGACAGGGUAGGGUGUCUUAUGAAUGCUCAGCAAUGUUGCUUGUGUCUGUGAGAUGCAUCUGAUAUUUGGUUGAUGUUUGUAUUAUUGUAUUGGCAAUGUGUACCCUUGAAUAUAUGUUCAAGUGUUGUUGAAAUACCUGUGUCAAAUAGGCCUGCCUGCUUCAUGCAUGGUGGUGGAUAAAGCAGGCACAUAUGCUAGUUUUUCAAACUUUCACAAGACUUUUAUA